AUGAGGCAUGCUGACGGCGGCGUUCAGGGGAUCGGCCCUUGCGACGAGGAGAGUCGAGCCGUUGGCGCUUUGCCGGACGAGGCGAACGAGGAGGCGAACGCGGGCGGGUGGUAUGGUGAGCUGGCGAUCGGUGGCGAGAGGGAGGACGAGCGGGCGAACGAUGACGACGGGAUCGGUGGUCACGAGACUGGCUACGAGACACGACGCGACAAGGAGAUCGCGGCGAACGAUGCAGGCGCGGAGAUCGUGACGAUCGCGGCUCAAGCAGAUGCCAGCGGAGCAACGGGCACGCUCGCAGCGGGACGCGCGGGGGGGGAGCGGACGGGGAGCAGAACCGCUCUCCGCGAUGCGCUCCCGACCAUGGCCGCCAUCAGCAGACAUUGGAGCGCGGGGAGGAUGUCGCUCGCUCAGCAGGCGGUCGACGUGGCGGACGGGGAGCAGCGGGACGCGGACGACGGGCUAGCGGAGGAGGACCUGAGAAUGUGUAUCAACAAUCGGGACGGAGGGCUUUAA